AUGACCCCCGCCCCAACGGCGCCCGCCCUUUCUCGCGCCGACUGCACAUACACGAGCUGCUACUGCGAGGAGAACGUACACCGCCUGAUCGACACCCUCCUGCAGCGCGGCCUGGCGGCAGACGCCGGCGCCCUCUUCGCGGUGUUCAUCUCAAAUCCGUCGCGGACGGUGCCCCUGUGGGCGCAGCGCAAGGGGCUCAACCCCGAAGGGCUGGUCAUCUGGGACUACCACGUGAUCCUGAUUCAGGAGGUGGCAGGGAGCGGGGACUGGCUGGUGUGGGACUUGGACACCUCGCUUGACUUCCCUGUGCCCUUCGCAGACUAUGCCGGCCAGGCAUUCAAGACCAUGGACUGGGCACUGGGGACCCAAUUCGACAGGUUCUUUCGUGUCAUUCCAGCGGCUGCGUACUUGGACAAUUUCGCUUCGGACCGCAGCCACAUGGUGGCAGAAGACGGUUCCUGGAAAGCACCACCACCUGAGUACCCUUGCCUGGUCGCCAAGAAUGGGGACACCAUGACAUUGUCCAAGUAUUUGGACAUGUCGAUUGUUGAUUCUCAAGACGAGCGAUGGGGCUCUGUAAUGGAUGAGGAGACGUUUCUGGAGCCGCAUUUGCCAAUCAGGAACACUGAUUGUUAG